AUGGACGACAUGACAGUCGAGCAGAUCGCCGCCAGGGCCAACCAAGUGACUGAUGAGUCGCUGGAAAGCACUCGUAGGAUGCUGCAAAUGGCCGAGGAGAGCAAAGAGACUGGUGUCAAAACCAUGGUGAUGUUGGACCAGCAAGGAGAGCAGCUGAAUCGUGUGGAGGACGGCAUGGACCAGAUCAAUCAAGACAUGAGGCUGGCUGAGAAGAACCUGACAGACCUCUCAAAGUGCUGCGGCCUUUGUAUCUGCCCAUGUAACAGGAUAACCAACGACGCUCGCGAAGACGAAAUGGAGGAAAAUCUAAACGCAGUCGGUGGCAUCAUUGGCAAUCUGAAAUCUAUGGCGAUGGACAUGGGGAAUGAGAUCGACAAGCAGAACAAACAGAUUGACCGGAUCACUGACAAGGCGGACAUGAACAAAGUGCGCAUCGAUGAGGCCAACCAGAGAGCCGCCAAGCUCAUCAACUGA